AUGGCUCAAGUCGGGUUCGAUCUUGAUGCGACGGGCUUUGCUGAUGGUGAGAUGGGGAUGGGUGGUGGGAUGGAGGGAGAGGAGUAUGGAGCUGAGGGGAUGGCACCAGGAGGUGAAGGAGAGGAAGGAGGGGAAGCAGGGGAAGGAUGGGGAGGGGGAGGAGAAGGGGAAGGCGGAGUGCUGGCGACAGCAGCAGCAGGAGGAGAAGCAGGUGUGGUCGCCUCUGGCCCUGGCACAGCAGCGGCGGCAGCAGCAAUAGCAGCAGCAGAAGCAGCAGCAGCGGCGGCAGCAGCAACAGACGGGUCAGAUACUGACGUGGAUGGGGAGUUCCGGCCGGUGCGACUGAGGGACCCUGAGAGAAAACGGCGCCACUUCAUCCCAGUUACGCUAAAAGCCGAAAUUUGUGAGCUUCGGCGUGACCGGCCGGGAAUCACGCUAGUGAAGAUUGUUCAAGUGCUUAAAACGAAGUAUCCUGGGAUCAGGAUUUACUCGACUCGGGUGGCGGAUAUUAUUCAGAAGCCGCAUAAGUGGUUGGGGAUGCUGGGCGGGAAAGGGCACAACCGAAGCAACCAGCCGCCGGACCAGUCUGGUAUGGAGGGAGCUUUGGCGCGGUGGUUCGGGGAGGAGCAGCAGAGGCUCGGCGUGGUGCCGAGCGAGCAGGUGAUUGAGAAGGCCAAGGAGCUGGGGUAUUCGUUCGGGUUUCCCCCGACUUUUAAGUACACAAGGGCGUGGGUGUACCGCGUGUUGUCCCACUUGGGAUUCUCCCAGGAGGCUAUAGACGCGGCGUGUGAAGACUACCCUAACGAGGAUGAUUCUGCUGGGCCUUCUCUAAUUGAGCUAGCGGAUCAGAUGUUUGGCCAGGAGCUGUUCAAGCCACGGGCGAACCAGAAGGGACGGAAGCCUAGGGACUGGUGGGCUGAGAACUUGCUGGGUAGGAAGUCGGGGACUGGGUCGGGGAGAGGGAGGGGGAGGGGGAGAGGGGCGGGGAGGGGCGAUGGGGGGGUUUUGGGGGAAGGGGCGGAGUGGGAGCAGCAGCAGCAGCAGCAGCAGCAGCAGCGGCAGCACAGGGAUGUGUAUGGGCAGGUUGGGGUAGGGAUGCAUGGGCAGGAAGUGGGAGGGGGGGAAUAUGCGCAGCACGGAGGGUAUACUCAGGGAACUGGACAGGGGUAUGGGCAGGAGAUGGGACAGGGAUACGGGCAGAUGACAGGGCAGGCGAACGGGCAGGGCCAGGGGUACGGGCAGGGGACAGGGCAGGGGUAUGGGCAGGAGGCUGGGAUGGGGUAUGGGCAGGAAGGUGGGGUGGGGUAUGGGCAGGAAGGUGGGGUGGGGUAUGGGCAGGAAGGUGGGGUGGGGUAUGGGCAGGAAGGUGGGGUGGGGUAUGGGCAGGAAGGUGGGGUGGGGUAUGGGCAGGAAGAGGGGCAGGCGAGAGCGGGAGAAGGGGAUCAAGAUGACGUCAUCCCAGGGGAUUUAUUUGAGGAGCUGGAAGGAGGAGAGAUGGUGGUGGUUCGGACAGCUGAUGCUGCUGCUGAUGGUGCUGGUGCUGGUGCUGAUGGUGGUGGUGGUGGUGGUGGUGGUGGUGGUGGUCCUUCUUCCAACCAGCCUCUCGACUCAGCCGCUUUUGGAGCGAGCUCUUUGAAUGAGUCAGCCCCAUUUACUGCUGCAAACAGCAUGAUAGGAGGGACCAACAACACUGCUAACACUGCCAACACUACAAACACUGCAAACUCGCUCGACUAUGGGGAUGACGGGGAAGACUCGGAGGGUUACCAGCCCGAUCCGAAGCUAGUAGAGCUCGCCAUGGCUGAAGCCCGAGCUGCGGCGGAGGCUCGGAGGGUAAUUACCGAAGCCGACCUUGCAAACGCGGCACAGAUUGAGGUUCUACCCCGGAAUCCGAUCACGGGCAGGGUGAUUAGUAAAGAGGAGCUGCAGACUAACCCGGUAUACGUGGAAUAUUAUCGGCUGCUGGAAGAACAGAAGCAGUUCAAAGAAAAGCACAAAAAAAUCACCACCUGUGUGCGAACGAUCAAGAUGCGGAAGGCAAUCUGUCUACUCAAGGAAGCUCGGCCGUCGCUCACCAACCAAGAAAUCAUCCACAUUAUACUGGAAUCCUGCGGGCCUGUGAUUGCAGCGAGUAUUUCCCCUGCAGCCCUCCGGUAUACCCUACGCAAGAGCUACCAGUACCUGAAUGCGGACCUGAACAAGCCUAAGAAACCAGUCCCAAGGCGGGUGGAGUUUCCAGAGUUUGAAGAGGCACUCGCGGCGUGGGUGCGGGAUAUGCGGGCGAAGUAUGGGAAGGAGAAUCUUCUGUACGAGGAUAUACUGGCGUAUGCGCAGAAGCUGGCUCCGAGUUUCGGGAUUGCGGAAAAGAAUCCCAAGUUCAAGUUCCACAUGUCGUGGAUUUUAAAAUUUGCGGGGAGGCACGGGCUGAAGUGGCGAACGAAAGAGGACCUGCGUGCGAACCGCAAAGGGGGUGGUGGGGGUGGGGAUGGUGGUGGUGCUGGUGGUGGUGGUGGUGAUGGUGGUGGUGAUGGUGGUGGUGGUGGUGAUGGUGGUGGUGGUGGUGGUGGUGGUGGUGGUGGAAGGAGCAGUGGGAGAGGGAGAGGAGGGAAUACUUCUGGGGUAGGAGAGAGUGACGGAACGGAGAGUGAUAAUGGCGGGCGGGAAGGGUACGGUGAGGGCGGCGGGACAACGGACGGUGGAGAUGGGAUCACAACGGACGGUGGAGAGGGGAACACCACGGAUGGGGGAGGAGAAGGGACGGACGUGGAAGGGGAAGGGGAGGGGGAAGGGGUAGGGGAAGGGGGUGGGUUUCUAGGAAUGGAUGUGAACAUGCAUCUGGGGAAUGUAGUGACAGGGCUGGUGCGAAAGCAACGGGAUGAGAAGACAGUGAGGCGGAACAAGAUUUGGAACACUGCUGCUGAUAAGCUUCUUAAGGUGGUGGCUCAGUUUGUGGCUGAGCGGGAAGAGCGGGUGCGGAGAGGGGAGGAGGAGGAGGGAGAGGGGGACGAGCGGUGGGAUGGGGAAGUGGGAGUUGAGGCGUUAUUGAAGAAGAGGUGGAAGAGGAAGAAGACCGGGCGGCCGAAGAGGAGGGUAGGGACCGUAGGUGCGAGGGGGCGUGGUGGAGCAACGGCGGCGGCGCAGGGCACGGGGAAGAAAAGGGGGAGGAAGAAGAAGCAGAGCGGGGGAGCGGACGGGGGCGCGGGAGGAGGAGAGGAGGGAGGUGGUGGGGAGGGUGGUGGGGAGGCUGGUGGGGAAAGUGGUAGGGAGACUGGACCGGAGAGUGGAAGGGAGAGCGGGAGGGAGAGUGGGAAGGAGGGGGGGAAGAAGAAGCAGCAGCGCAAGCAGUACCAGGAGGUGCUGGUGACUUGGAAGCUUGCCCUCAUCUCUCUUGCCCGGGCCAGGCAGGACCUGCCGCACACUGCUGUCAAACGGGCCGUUCAAGCGAGGUACGGCGUUGACACGAGCCGCACGGUGAUAGCGGAUUACAUGGCACGGGAGGACAAGGUGCGGUGGCAGGCACAGGUGAUGAGAGACGCAUACAGGGAGAGGCGUGAAGUGCUGCCCAAGAUGAAGCAGUAUACCAAGUUCAUGCGGCUGGAAAAGGCAGUAUCGGACGCAAUGAAAAAGGCUCUGGCGGAUCUGGACAAGGGAGAGGCGCAGGGCAGUGGGAGAGGCGCAGCAACACAACGGGUAUAUGCGCCAAGAAGGUGCCUCAAGAAGGGCUGCAUUGCUGCUGCUGCGGCAGAUCAUGGUGCAUCCCGAGGCGGCAGUGUGGAAUCUGCUCACGUCAUGGUGCAUCCCGAGGCGGUAGUGGAGUAUGCCGACAAGGUGGCGCCGCUGUUUGGCUUCCCCCCCUCCAGGCGCCAGGUAGUGGAGGAGUAUGCCGACAAGGUGGCGCCGCUGUUUGGCCCCCCCCCCCUCCAGGUGAGCAGGCAGUGGGGGUUGGGUUGGAUGGGCUUUCUCCCCUCCAAUCCAAGUGAGCAUGGGGCAGGCGGUGGGCUUUGCCUGGAGGCUGGAGCAUCACCUUCGCCUGGGUGGCGGGUCUCAUGCACCGCUGGGGCUUCAUGA